AUGCAGUUAAAAUCCCCAAGCCUGCGCCCUGCCGACCCUCACAUUGAGGCGGAGCUUACAUCCCAGUUAACUGCUAUAAAAGCGCAGAAUGAAGAAAAGAAAAUUCAAAUACAAGAAUUAAGGCGCCGCGAGCAGCUAACAGCAGUGGAGAGUUGGGUGCUGCAGCAAGCACUGGAAGCAUUGCUUCAAGAGAAGAGACCAGAAGCUUCUCCUCCUCCCCAGCAGCAGCAGCAGCAGCAGCAACAGCAGCAGCAACAGGGUCUGCUGCAUCGGCAGCAAGGACAGAGUGGGUUUGGUGCUGCUUCUCGUGCAGCAGCGCGCUGCUCUGUUGUUGCUGCUGGAGCGCUGUCUCUGGAAAAGAGACAGGAGUUUGUUGCUGCUGCAGUCGAAAGGAAGAAAAAACAAAUUUUUAAACUUAAAGCGCAAAUCAAAGGAGCGAAAAAACUCCUCAGAGAGAGUAAGAAGGAAGGGGAGCUGCAAGCAGCAGAAGUGCGCCGUGACGCGUUUGCAUUUCGUCGAGCGGUGGUUGUUGGGGGUGAAGAUAUAACGAGCGGGAAGACAAGAGGAGAAGAUUUGCUGCUGCAUUUACAGCAGCGGCUGCAGCAGCAGCAACAGCAGCAGCAGCAGUUGCAGCAGAAGUUGCAGGCGAAGCAGCACGAGCAGCACGUAGCUGCUUUCAUGCGCAGCAGCAGCAGCAGCAGCAGCAGCAGCGCAGCAGCAGCAUCAGGCAUUCAGAGAAUAGACCUCCAUCAGCUUCAAAUAGAGAAUGAGCAGUUUGCUGCUCUUUUAGAAUCUUCUAAAGGAGACAUCGCAACAAAAAAGAAAAAAUGCUCUGCAUUGCUGCAGGCUCAGACAAUCUUAAAAGAAGAAUUGCUUCGCAGUGUUACAGCCGGCACAAAUUUAAACUCUGCUAUUCUUUCAAGACAAGCAGCAAUUGAAAAAACAAAGAAAGACGCAAAAGAAACUGCAAAAGAAAGAGACGCCAUCAAACAUGAAACCAAAAGGUUGUUGGCUCAGUCGCGCCGCAGCAACCAGCUACCGCAGUUAAAAGACUUAGUGUUGCGGAAGGUGCUGCUGCAGCGACAAACAAAACAAAUAAACUCAUGGAGAAGAAAAAUUGAUAUCGCCACAUUGGAAGCAAAGACAGUCAAAAAAGAUAUUAAAAUGCAAAACAAAGAAAACACUGCAACAAUACCCAACUCAACAAAUGCAUAA